AUGAAGCCCAAACCUGUCCAACCGCACCAUCACCGAAAACCUCUUCGUGAAAAAAACAAUUCAAAUUUGUCUGUUGUUACCAAUCAAUACAAUUUAUUAAUGAAUAAACCAACAAAUUAUAAAAUCACACGACCAUACCGAACUACUGCCAUCGACGAUCAAAGACAAGAUAAACAACAGAAAAGGAUUGAAACUGUUCAUCGUGUAUUGGAAAAAGUUUAUGCAAUACCACCACCGUCAUUGCUUACGAAAAAUGUUUCAUAUCAAAAUCAAAUUCAUUCAUCGACGCAUGGUAUCAAUAAUAAUAAUUCAAGUUACACAAUACCCGCCGAAGAGAAUGGUAUGAAUAGUUCACAGUCAAAUACAAUUGAAUCCGAAGUAUCGAUUGUUGGUUAUUUAAAAGCAAAACCAGUCCGAUUUCAAACACUUGAUGAUAUUAUACGAGCUUUUCCGUCUGUUUUGAAUGCACUGAAAAAAAGGCAACCACCUGCCAUAUCCAAUCUGAAACAGAUACCAAUCGAAAAGAAUAAAGCUACAAAUGGUUUUCACAAUGUAAAAAUUGAACAACCCGUCGAAUCAUCUACAUCACUUUCUGCAUCACAACCGAGUUGGAGACAACGUCGACUAUUUGCAUUAACUGAAGAGCAAACUCAUAUAGCACAAACUGCUCUCAUGGGUCCAGAUAAUGAAAAUCUUGGUAAAAAAUAUGAUCAGACAAUCACACGUCGUGAUUUGAAAACAUUGAUUGGUUUAACAUGGCUUAACGAUGAAGUUGUUAAUUAUUACCUGGCAAUGAUAUGUGGUGAAAGUGGAGUGAAUUCGUAUCCACGAAUGCAUUAUUUCAGCACAUUCUUCUACGAAAAAUUAUCAAAAGAAGGAGCGGAAAAAAUGGCAAGAUGGACUCGAAAAAUCAACAUAUUUACAUAUGAUAUUAUUCUAAUUCCAAUACAUUUAACUAAUCAUUGGGCAUUGGCUACAAUCGAUAUUAAUCAAGAACGUAUUCAAUAUUAUGAUUCACUAGGAGGUUCAAAUGAAUUGUGUUUGGCCUUAUUACAUUCAUUUGUGGCACUUGAAUAUACAUCAAAACUUCAGAAACAAAUACCAUCAACAUGGAAAUGGCAACAAAUGACAGCAAUUCCAGCACAACGAAAUGGUUCAGAUUGUGGAGUAUUUUGUUGUCAAUUUUCAAAAUAUAUUGCCCGAGAAUGGCCCAUUGAUUUUAUUCAAGAUAAUAUGCCACAAUUUCGACUUCAAAUGAUCUAUGAGAUAAUAUCAAAAAAACUAUUGCGUUUACGACGUUUGUGUCGUUCAACUUGGCCAUCAUUUUUCUGUGUUUUAACACUAACAUCAUUAAUAUUAUUUUUUUUACUGCCUCAAAGACAAGAUGAUCAACAUUUUUCUUCAAUGUUAGAGAAUAUCUCUGUUGAUGAUGAUGAAUUAAAACAAGCGAAAGAUGCACCGCCACUGUACAAUAUUGUCGAUUUAAAGUUAUUUAUAAAUCAAACGAAAGUUAAAUAUAAUAUUCACAUUUUUUACUAUCCUUGGUAUGGUAAUCCAAAAUAUGAUGGCCAAUGGCUACACUGGAACCAUCGACGAAUACCUCAUUGGAACAAAGGAAUAGGAUAUCAACACGCAACAAAUCGUCACCAACCUCCUAUAGACAUCGGAAGUAAUUAUUACCCAUGGCUUGAUCCAUACAGUUCAAGAUCACGAAUAAUAAUUGAUAAACAUAUGAAAAUGAUUAGAAUGAGUGGUGUAGGUACUCUAGCUGUGUCGUGGUAUCCACCAAAAAUGAGCGAUGAUGAAGGUCGACCGUGGGAUGAUAUGAUUAUAAUAUUAAUGAAUAUAGCUGACAAAUAUCAAUUAAAAGCAACUGAGAAUGUUUAUCAAUGGACAUUGUACAUAUUAAAUCGUUAUGGUAAUCAUCCAGCAUUUUAUCGAACUGAUAACUAUGGUCUCUUUUAUAUUUAUGAUUCGUAUCAGAUAAACACAGAUGAUUGGAGAGCAGUUCUAUUGCCAAAUGGAAAAAAACGUCAGCCAAUACAAGCCCUGUACAUUGGAUUAUUAUUGAAACAAACAGAUUGUGAACAAUUACUCUACUCAGGCUUUGAUGGUGCGUACACCUAUUUUGCUGCUGAUCGCUUUACGGAAGGAUCUACGAUGAGCAAUUGGAUUAAUAUUAAAAAUAAGUGUAAUUCUAUUCAAUUCAUACCAAGUGUAGGACCAGGUUACAUCGAUGUUCGAGUUCGUCCAUGGAAUUCUGAAACAUUUCGUCAUCGUUCAAACGGUAGCUAUUACAUCAACAUGUUUCAAAUGGGCAAAAGAUGUUUAUCGAGCGACGAUAGUAUUCUGACAAUAACAUCGUUUAAUGAAUGGCACGAAGGUACCCAAAUUGAACCGAGUAUGAGUGUUGCAAUACAAAAUAAUGAUACUACUGUCGCAACAGUCGGAAAUAACCAUUCAGAUCAAAAUCGUUGUGUUCUACCUCAACUUCAAACCAAUCGAGACCAUGUAAAUGGAAGCAAAGCAAUCAGAUUAAAAGCUGAAAAUGAAUUUUUACCACAAGACUUAAUUCUCGCUUUGCGUCAAUCAAAUUGUCCCCAAGAAUAUCUGGGUCCACCAUCGAAGUUUAACGGUACACUACGUCCAACAGUUCCAUCUUUAACACGACGACCAGAUAAUGUUUGGAAUCAUGCAAAACAACGAGAGAAAUUUCGAUUUCUUCUCGACCAAAAUACUUGUACAUGUGGAGCUGGAAGAGAUAUCUCAUUUUUAUAUGAUGCUGUAUCAAUGGGCGGUGAAAAACAACCAAUUUCUCAAACGAACAGAUCUAUUGAUAAAAGUGCAAUUAGAGCACAAACAGAACUACAACAGGAUGUCAUUCUACCAGAGAGUAUUAUUCCACAAGAGUUUCGUAUUGUAAAAAAUCUCGGCGUCGUUCCUGUUGAAGUGUACGAUGGAAAACAUACAACUGUAAUUGAAGAUCACGUCAAACAUAUCACAGUCUUUCCAUCGCUAAAGCCCGUUGGACGUAAUGAAGUAAUGAAACUUCGUCAUACAAUGGAUGCAUUGUUACAAAGAAUUACCAUUGAAAAUAAUGAUGAGAGAGGACAAACGCAGUUGCAUAAUUUAUUAGAAUUAAUAAAAGAAGAACAAAACAUCUAUAAUAUUAUAUUUCAUGAGAUUAUACGACAGGUUAGUAUUGAAUGUAAAGAACGUGGUGAAUUACUCUCUAAAUUACGUGAAAGAUAUUCGACGUUAUUAUCUCGUGUUCCAAGACAAAUAAAAAGUUUACACGAAGAAUUGAUCGCUCAACGUGCUCUUGAUCGUCGAUUAGCUGAACAAUUAUUGACUUUCAAAUCGACGGUUGGAAAUCUAAUGUUAGAACUUGAAGAUGUUAGAGAACAUGAUAAAAGAGUGUCAGAAGAAGCAGAAAUUGCUCAAAAAGACCUUGAAACAGCAUUAACUGAAUCUCAAAAGAAUGCCUCCUUAUUAACAGAAUAUCAUGAUUUAUACGAUUUACAACGUAAAAGACUUGAAAAACAAAUUGGAUCAAUAUCAUCUGAAAAAGAAUUAUGGCGUGAUGCAGCACAUACAAUUGCAUUAAAAGUAAUUGGUGAACAUGAAUUGAAUACAUCUAAACGAAUAAGUAUUUCUGAGAAAUCAUGGUCAAAAUUGGCUAAUCAUUUUGCGAUCUAUUUGACGGAUAAAGAUACAAUAGAUUUGACAGAAUUACAAAAACAAGCAAAUUAUUGGAGAGAAAUUAUUGAAUCAUUUGAUAAAGAACAAAUGUUGAGAGAAGAUGACUCAAUUAAAAAUUUAAAUAGAGUACUGAAAAGUAUUGAAUUAACAUACAAAGCGUUUCAACAAACACACUUUGACAGUGAAGGUAAACUGAUAAAUGUUCCUGAUCGGCCAAAAGUAAUUGAAUAUUUAGCUCACACAAAACACUGGGAAGAAUCAAUGAAUCGUGAAAUAGAAAAGUUUGGUGGGGAUUCUGUGUUAAUAAAUGAAGAACGUAUUAAAAAGGCUGAUCGUUAUAUUAAAAAAUGGAUUGAAUUAGCGGAUCGUUUAUUAUCUCGCCAUCCAUUAGCUCAUGACAAAGAAUCAAAUGAACAAAAAGCAUUAAAAGAAUUAUUCGAUAACAUCAAUUUGUUACAUAAACAAUAUCGUAUUCGUAUGACGGGUGAAAAUGGUGUUGCUCAAAGUGUUAUUUUCUUUAAUAACGCGCUAGAACUAUGGAAUCAAAAAUUAUCCACUUAUUCCUACUCGAAUGGAAAAAUAAGCGAUACAGAAUGGAUUCAAUUUUAUCAACAGAUGGAAGAUUGGAUAGAAUCAUUGACAAAAACAGUCGACUAUGUUGGAAAGUCAGUUAAAGACGAUGAAAUUAAUGCAAAUAUUGUUGUUGGUCAGACAGUUUUACAACAGGCAAAUAAAGGAUUGAUAUCAUUAAGACACUAUAUUGAAAGUCAAGAUGGAAGGAUAUUAGAAGAGAUCUUAGUUACAGAUUCAUCAAUGGUUUUUUGGCUUAUUCAAAUUUUAAUUAGUUUAGCUCCAGAUCAAAAGCAUUUAUCGAAAGAAGCUAAACAUCAUUUGAAAUGUAGUCAAGAACCGGUGGAAAAAUUAAUUUCAAAUGAAAAAACAAUAUGUGAACAAUUAUUAACAUUAACCAAAUAUAUAGUUAGUUGUUGUGCUGCGUUAGCUGCUGAAGAAAUGUUUACAAAACAAAUGCAUCAAGAAACCAAUGCCGAAAAAGAAGUCAUUGAUCUAAAGCGUUUACAGGAUGAAUGCAAUGAUUGGGUGUAUUCAUCGAAGAUAAUCCUUGCCGAACUAACUGGUGAUUCCACUCACAUUGACAUAAGUCAACCAAAGCGAGAAAUUCCAUUAAAUGAACAAGGCGAACCUCGAACAGAGCAAGAAGAGCAACAACAGCGACCCAUUUCAUCUGAUAAAUCAUCAAGAUUUGCAACCCGAAAAGAUGUCGAUGAUAAUUUAUCAUUCGAAGCGAUUAGUCGUGGUGGUUUAACCGAAAGACGUCAGUUAAUUACUGUACAGCGUGGAGCAACUUUACGAGAUGAGGAGGAUAUUGAUAAUCAAAGUGAACAUGGCUCAUCGAAAUCAGCUAAAACUGGUUUUGAUGCGUUAAAAACGAUUAAUAAAUUACAGCAACAAUUAACUGAAAGUGAAGCACGUGCAGCGUCAUUAGAAGAAAAAUCAAUGACAUUGGAUAUAUCAUUGAAAGAAGCACAAAAUCGAGUACAACAACUCGAAAAACAGUUAGAAGCAAAACGAUAA